GGCUUUUGCUCAUCUCUUUGCAGAGUUGAUCAACGCUUUUUAUAGUGUUGUUCGAGUUUUGUCAGUUUCAACCCGUAUUGCCAUAUAGCCUAUCCAAUAUAUUUUCCACACUUUCAAAGGCAGUUGUGCCUCAAGCUGAAUUUGCUUGGUAGAAACAUCAGAUAUUCACAAACUGCUCGAUCUGAUGGCCGAUAACAGUGUUUGCAAGAUGCGUGCGUGUGCCAUUCGCAGAACAUGCCUCCAUCAAUUUGUGGUAUCAAGUCAAGGUUGUGUGUUGCGCCCGUCCACAGGCCUGCAGAGUGAUCGAACAUCAACCAUGACGACCCCCGCUUGGUGAUAUGGUCACCUGACCAGGGAUCGAGAUCACCAGAAAUUACACUCGCUCUUCAGUAGCAACAUUAUAGGUUCUUGUAGAUUCAACCGACGCUCGCCGUGACUCCAUGACCAACAUUGAACGAUAAAUGGCGCAACCAGGAAAUCAAGCGCAAGACGUCUCGGCAACCACUGAUAAUCUUGAGGAGGGCGAGCUGCAGGCAAAUGUAUCUGACGUUGGCAUACACGCUCAGAAUGGUCAGCUUGAAACAAUGGUAGACAUUGAGCGGACGGAGAGCAAUGCAGCCAAAGUCAUCACAUCACCUGAAUCGAGUGGACCAUCCCAUAUGACGGAUGCUUCAACUCUGUUGGACAAUGUUGCACCCAACACCCUACACAGUUCCGUUGGGGAAUCUCCGUUGCAGGUGCGAAAGAAGGCCAAGCAAAAGUCAAAGUGGGAAUCGGAAGAAGACUCGGACGAAAAUGCUACCAAAAAGAGGGACGGUAGGAAGGCAUCUAGUCGAAAGAAGGGGAAGGAGGAGGCAACGAAGAAGGUUGAGGGAGCUGCGGACCUUUUGCACCGAAAGCGUGGCGUGCCAGCCUCUGACGAAGAGACACCAGAAGUUGACCAGCCUUCACUCAAGAGACAGAGACCUGAAGCGGCUGAGGCUGCGUCACAGGAUGAUGCAGAUAAAACACCGCAGUAUCAACCUUCCCCAUCACAUAGCUCUAACGACCGAACAUCUGUGGGACCGAUAUCAGUAAAUGAUGCAUCAGACGGCACUCAAGCUCCAAUGGAGGCAGAAUUCAUCCCACCCAUUGCCCCACCGCGUCGUACCAGACUGAUUGGCCCUCCUCUUGUCUCCUGCCGCAAUGUGGAUAACUAUGAAAAACUGAAUCGAAUAGAGGAAGGUGCUUACGGGGUUGUGUACAGAGCACGGGAUAGGCAGACCGGAGAAAUUGUUGCACUCAAGAAACUGAAGCUGGAAAAUGAAAAUAACGGUUUCCCCGUCACAUCAUUGAGAGAAAUUCAUACAUUGCUUUUGGCUAAGCAUCCCAACAUUGUGAACGUGAAGGAAAUCGUUGUUACACCGAGCAUGCGCGGGGCACCAGAAUUACUAUUGGGGGCAAAGGAGUAUACAACUGCGAUAGAUAUAUGGUCUGUCGGCUGCAUUUUUGGUGAACUAGUAAACAAGGAGCCGCUAUUACCCGGGCGAGGCGAAAUAGAUCAACUGAAAAAGAUGUUCCAGCUAUUGGGGACUCCAACUGAGCGGACGUGGCCAGGCAUGGCAGACUUACCUGGUUGUAAGACAUUCAGCUUCGCAAAUCAACCAUAUAACAACCUCAGAAGCAGAUUUCCUUAUUUGACCGAGAAUGGAUUAAAUCUGAUGACAAGGCUUUUAACAUAUGAUCCUGAAAAGCGCAUCACAGCAGAAGAAGCACUCCGCCAUCCAUAUUUUACGGAAAAUCCGUUACCCAAAGAUCCAUCACUUUUCCCGACGUUUCCCAGUAAAGGUGCGGGCGAGAAGCGAAAGGUAUACGACUCCCCAUCCGCACCCAAAGCCGCGCAUGGAGGAGAAACUCUCGCUGGCGAUGGAGAUGAAGGGGGAGGGUUGUUUGAUGCUUUGCAAGCAGAGCCGGUUGCUGCUUUUCGGCUCAAAGUGUAAUAUACAUAGUAGAUCACGGCAGUUGAAUUCCAGCUGGAUGACAGCCAAAUAAAGAGAUUUUGGAGCCCUAAUCUGCGUAUGUAAGCAAUAUAAGCC